GGCGUUCCUAAUGUUGUGGCCAUCAGGUUAUCGACGAGAUGACGCUCAUCGAUGACGCAAAUCCAAUCACAGCGGGGGGCGUCACCUGCCGCCCGGCGCGUGUCUGCAGUGAGACGCGGGUCGCCGCCGGACGGAAACACGGGAGUAUUGACGGGGCGGUGGUCGCUGCCUGCUCGGUGAUGAUGCCGCGUGUGUGCGGCGGAGGCUGCCUGGUCUCGGCGUGCCUUCUCUCCGCGUGCGACGCCCUACGGAGCUGCGGGGAGGUGCAGUGCGGCUCCGGCCAGCAGUGCUGCCCGCCGCUGGUGACGGGGAACGGCAGCAGCAGCGUGGCCGCGGUCCGCUGCUGCAAACUCCCCAUCCACGUCUUCUUCGACAACGUGGGCUGGUUCACCAGGAAGUUGUCCGGCAUCCUCAUCCUGCUGCUGCUCUUCGCCAUGGGCUACUUCAUCCAGCGCGUCGUCUGCCCGCGGCCGCGCCGGCACCGGCAGCAGCAUCAGGACCGCGGCGAGGACCCGGACUCCCUCUUCGGCGGGCGGACCUCCGCGUCGCAGGACUCCCUGCUGGAGCGGCGCUACCCGGAGUGCACCCCGGUGGACGUGGACGUGGACGGGGCCUCGCCCAGCCUGCCCGCCUACGACGAGGUGAAGUACCUGCCCACGUACGAGGAGAGCAUGCGGGAGAUGCACCGGGACCGCUCCGAUGACAACUUGCUGGCCGAACACGAGGGGGGCAGCGCGGGCAGGGGGAGCGCUGAGCCGCCGGUGGUCGGAGAGCAAAGACUGGAUGUCGUAGAAAGGACGUCCAGGAACUGAUGUUUAGCUCACAGUGACAAUUAUCCUUUUUUUUGGGUCAUUUCAACAAUCAGGGUGAUUCUCUUCAUGCUCUCAAGUGCAAUUUGAUGAGUGAAUGUUGACAGGGGCUGACCACGUGACAAUCCAAAUAAUAGCAUGUUUGUGUUGGGGUCAGCAUGACAUCACAUUUUAUUAUGUUUUUUUAAUAUUAUGGGCACGGUUGAGAGAGUGGCCGUGCCAGCAACCUGAGGGUUCCUGGUUCGAUCCCCACCUUCUACCAACCUCGUCACGUCCGUCGUGUCCUUGAGCGAGACACUUCACCCUUGCUCCUGAUCGUGGUUAGGGCCUUGCAUGGCAGCUCCCGCCAUCAGUGUGUGAAUGUGUGAAUGUGGAAAUAGUGCUUUGAGUACCUUGAAGCUAUACAAGUAUAACCCAUUUACCAUUUAUUUACCAUUUUUCAACAGCCUCAACAAGUAGGACCAGAAAGUACUUCACAAUUUUACAAACAAGUCGUUUUCGGGUGUAAUGGACUCUUUCCCGCCUCCUAGUGCAUAUCUGAGGGCUGUUCAUCCGCGCAGGACCAAAUGUACUCAAUA